CGGUUAGCGACGCGAUCACGCGAUGACGUAACGUAACGCUUACAAUGCCGAUGUAUUGUGCGAUGUAUGGGUGCCUAUCAGGUUGGAGAAAUAAAGAAAGAAGUUUUUUCCGCUUCCCAAAAGACGAAAGCAGGUGCAGACAAUGGGUCAUAGCUUCUGGGCGAUAUGAUUUCGCGGAUAAAGACGCGAAGUUUCUAUAUUCAAGUUACUACCUUUGUGAUUUGCACUUUCUGAAAACAGACCGCCUAAAAAAGAAAUUAAAAACAUCAGCGGUUCCAACACAGAAUCUGCCACAAGAUUAUGAGACCCGAACGAAAGCUACUCAAACUGAAGACUCUAUUUUUAAGCAGAUCUCUACACAAGAUCAAGACAUUGACAAGAAAUUGCCUCUUGCGAGUCAUUACUCGCAAGAGGCAAUUUCAAAAAAUUCAAAUUGUUCAACACAAACUAUUAAGUCUAGUAACUUACUUCGUAAAAGAAAACUUAAAUGGGAAAAUGAUACUGAGAGUAAAAAGCGGAAGAAUUCUGAUAAACGGCAUGAAAAUGCGGCGGAUUCCCAAAAAAUACGGAAAAAUUAUUCUUCAUGUACCCUCCAGUGACAUGACGUGAUCUUCUUCUUCCUUGGGUGAAGAGAUGAAAUGACUUUAUUUGUAACGUAAAAUUGGUUUUACAUUAAAACUAAUAAUAAAAUACACUACACUAAUAGUAAAUACUCCGCUCUCUGAAAACGACCGCUAAAUAUUGUUGCAGUGUAACUGUUACCCCGGAUAGAGAUAGAUUCAUGGUCACAUAUUUGUAAUAUAUUUUUUCCUAAGAAUAACUC